GCUUCAGGCGUUGGAGCAGCCUGGCCCCAGGCCUGGGCCUUGAUCAAGUGAGCUGGUCCCAUCCUGCUCAUGUCUGUUGUCAUGGAGAUGACCCUGCUUCUCCUCUUCUUUGGGGGUCUGUGGGCCCACGAGGUGGACACAGAGGCUCCGAAGAUUUCUACACCCAGAGAGCCCUCUUUUUCUUUGGCCUCCAACAUCUCUGAGGCCUCAAACCUUCCCUCAGUGGCCUCCGAUCAGGCAACAGGGGUGCCUGAGGCACAUGGCAGUACCGGGCACCAGCUCUCCCUGCCUUCCUCAGCUCCGUCCGCAGUGCCCUCUCCUGAGACGUCCGUCGCUGCCGACAUCAGCCUUAUAGCCGAUGCAGUAACCACCCAAGCAGCUCCCAUCAGGAAGUUAUCGAUGGUCCAGGAAAUCUCCAAUGCAACCAGUGACCCUGCUGUCCCAGCAAGGACCACUCUGGGACUUCACACAGCGGCUGGUGAAACCAUGGCAACUAGCUCUCUGGAGCCCUCCAGUGGGACCAGUGGACUCCCUGUCACCAUGGCAACUAGCUCUCUGGAGACCUCCAGUGGGACAGUGACGAGUGACUCUCCUGUCACCAUGACAACUAGAUCUCUGGAGCCCUCCAGUGGGACCAGUGGACUCCCUGUCACCAUGACAACUAGCUCUUUGGAGACUUCUGAUGUGACCAGUGGACCCCCUAUCACCAUGGCAACCAGCUCUCUGGAGACUCCCAAGGAGACCAGUGGCUCGCCCGUCUCGAGGGUAAAAAUACUCAUCCUGUCGACCCCAGCGAUCUCCACAAACGAAGGCAGCGGGCCUGCCCCGAGUUCAGAUCAGAAGACCAAGAACACCCUGACGGUGGCCGUGCUUGUGGCCCUGCUGGCCGUCAUCGUCCUCCUGGCGCUCGUCCUGCUGUGGCGCCGGCGGCAGAAGCGGAGGACCGGGGCUCUGACGCUGAACAGAGGUGGGAAGCACAAUGGGGUGGCCGACGCCUGGGCCGGGCCAGCCCGAGUGGCCGACGAAGAGGCUGUGAUAACAGCAGCGGCAGGAGCGUCUGGUGGUGACAAGGGCGCUGGGACCCCCGAAGGGGAGGGUGCUGGCCGGCGGCCCACACUCACCACUUUCUUCGGCAGACGGAAGUCGCGCCAGGGCUCCUUGGCGCUGGAGGAGCUGAAGGCCGAGCCAGCAGCCAGCCUGCCGGGGGAGGAAGAGCCACUGAUGGGCAGUGAGGAUGGGGCUGUGGAGGCCCCCGCUUCGGAUGGGCCAGAAGCGGGCGAUGUGGAGGUCCCUUAGUGCGUGUGGAUAACAGGUCUGGAGGUCAGAAUCAGCCCCAGCUUUCGGCACCUUCCUAUCCUCACUUCCAACCUCACCAUCGCCCAGCGUUCUCACCCGGCGCCUUCACUCUGACUCCUCAUCUCGCUUCUCAGCCCUGGGCUUUCCAGCCUCCGCCCCAGCACCAGCACCUCCGCCCAGCGCCCAAACCCAGCACGGCGGCGGCAGGGCCUGCACCCGCUGAAGGCUCCAAGACUGAAUGAAUGAAACUUCCUCAUCAGCCCUACUUCUCCCCGUCACCUGUCCUCCACGUCUUGUCUUUGAAACCAGAUGCGGAGUCUCCAUAAUGCCAAAUUUCCGUGACCUAUGACAAGCCAACAGCUUCCGUCUAGGAUUACUCUGUAAAGUACAUUUGGCCCCGUAGAUUAGGACAGCCGCUGGGUCGACCCAUGAAACUCCUUUAACUCGGGGCCCCAGUGCUCUGCGCGGGGCCAGCCUGGAGCGGUGCCACCUAGCUGUGCCCUGGGGCGUGCCUGGGACACACCUGGCCUCGAGGCUGGCCCCUGGCUAAGCCACCACUCCCUCCCUCCCCCAUGGACCGAGGCAGCCAAAGGUUUCAGCUCUUCCGCCUCCCGAGGGCAGAGGUGAAGAGGGUUUC